CAAGCUUCCAGCCUCCAGUGUCCCUCUUCAUCUGCCGCCCUUGGGUUUCCAGCAACCUGGCUCUCCAGGCGGAGGAAAGACACGCUUUACUGGCCUCCUUUUCCCAACGCGUGUGUGUGGGGACACAACUUUUCGGAAGCAACCGAUCCAUCUGCAAAAGUUGCAUCAGAGGAGGUUCCAGGAGCGAGAGGAUCUAAGAUGUUCAGGACGUUGUUUCAGCAAUGGAGCUUCGCAGUCUUUCUGCUGAGUUAUUCCGUCCCCACCGCCGGUAGACCCGUGGAGGGAAUCAGCCGCAGAUUCAAAAGAGCCGUCUCAGAACAUCAGCUUCUCCAUGACAAGGGGAAGUCCAUUCAAGACCUGCGACGAAGAAUUUUUCUUCAGAAUCUGAUCGAAGGCGUCAACACCGCGGAGAUUCGAGCUACUUCAGAGGUCUCCCCCAACCCGAAGCCCGCCACCAAUACCAAGAACUACCCUGUCCGAUUUGGGAAUGAGGAAGAGGGCAAAUGCCUGACUCAGGAGACAAACAAAGCCCAGACCUACAAAGACCAGCCCUUGAAGACGCCGGGGAAGAAGAAGAAAAACAAGCCCGGGAAACGCAAGGAACAGGAGAAGAAAAAGCGGCGAACUAGAUCGGCCUGGUUAAGUUCCAGAGUCGCUGGUAGUGGGGUGGAAGGCGUUCCUCUGUCGGACAUCUUGGGGAGUGUGCGAGACCACAACUCAAGGAGGCACUGACAUUUCAGCCGACAUCUUCCGUAAACACGUUGCAGUAUUCUGUAAUAGUGAACAGAUGGAAAGUAUUAGAAAUAUUUAUUGUCUGUAAAUAGUGUAAAUCCUUUGGAAUAAACCUUCUCCCUCAUCGCUCUAGGAAACUGCACAUUGGUCAUUGUGAAUAUUUUUUUUUUUGCCAAGGCUAAGCCAAUUAUUAUUAUCACAUCUACUAUAAUUUAUUUUGUUGAAUGAUGUAUUUAUUUUGUAAAUGUAUCUUGGUGCUGCUGACUUUCUAUAUUUUUUGUAACAUUAUGCACUUUAGAUAUACAUAUCAAGUACGUCGAUAACUGACAAUAAAGUGUCCUUAUUUUGUGGAUGAUUUUAAUAAAUGCAUAAGUACAAUUUUCAAACUGAUUUUCCUCUGCAUGUAAAAA